CGUGGAGAGCCUUGGAUAGCUGAGUGUCGGCUCCAGCCUGUCAGUGGAGCAUGACGGUGGUCCACACAUCACGUCACAGCGGCUCCAGGUGUCCACUGCGCUCAGAGUCAGUCUGCGUGCAGAGUCUGUGGCAGCAGACCGUGGGACAGUGAGAAUCCGCCUCUUUUAUCCCAUUCUAACUUUUAACUAUAUCUUUUAUGUGAUUUGCUCAAACUAACAGACCACCUGGAAAAUCCACGGACGGCUAAGAACACCUGUCGAAUUUUUGUCGGGCUCACUCAUCAGCACUCGACUCUCGGCACCACAAAGCACCUGGAGCCGGACAGUGUUGGUGCAUUCAGAGGAUGGAGAUACAGGACAACAUGGCCAAUGAAGGGAUGGAGUUCGAGGGAUCAGCCACCACAGCAGCUGUCAUGAACACCAGCCAAUUUUUCUCUGCAAACAUCACCAAAAUUACCCUUUCCCCGUAUUAUCAGCACUCUCUGUAUGUAGCCUCCAGCUACAUCAUAGCCUACUUCUUCAUCUUCCUGCUAUGUAUAGUGGGAAACACCCUGGUGUGUCUCAUCGUAGCAGAAAACCGGCGUAUGCGCACAGUCACCAACCUCUUCAUCCUCAACCUGGCUAUCAGCGACCUACUGGUGGGCAUCUUCUGCAUCCCUACAACACUGGUGGACAACCUCAUCACAGGUUGGCCCUUCUCCAACACAGUGUGCAAGAUGAGCGGCUUUGUGCAGGGAGUGUCUGUUUCUGCAUCAGUUUUCACCCUGGUAGCCAUUGCUGUUGAAAGGUUUCGCGUUAUAGUGUACCCUCUACAACCCAAGCCGACUGUCUUUGUUGCCAAGGCAGCCAUUCUGUUGAUCUGGGUGCUAGCAGUGCUGAUCAUGUGUCCUGCUGCUGUGGCACUGACUGUGUCCACAGUUCCUUUCCACUACAUGGUUUACAAUGAUGACCUCAACCACACAUUCCCUUUGUACACCUGCUAUGAAAACUUUACCAACCCUCGGAUGAGCAAGGUCUACACGGCAGUCCUAUUAGUGCUCAUCUACCUAGUGCCCCUCUCUGUCAUCACAGUGAUGUACUCAAGCAUCAGCGUCAAACUGUCAUCCUCAGUGGUUGCAAACAGAGAGCCGCCGCUGGACAACGCCACAGGUCCGGUUGGUGGUAGAAGAGCUGGUCCCCCAACAAUAUCUCAGAAAAAGAUCAGGGUGAUAAAGAUGCUUAUCGUGGUGGCUUUGCUUUUCAUACUGUCCUGGUUGCCCCUCUGGACACUCAUGAUGAUGACGGACUACGCAGGCUUAGACAGAGAUCAGCUGGACCUGCUUACCAGCUACAUCUUUCCCUUCGCCCACUGGCUGGCUUUCUCCAACUCCAGCGUCAACCCCAUCAUCUACGGCUAUUACAAUGAAAACUUUAAGAGGGGGUUCCAGGCUGUGUGCAAGUCAUGGAGGAGGAUGGCAGGGCAGGCCAGGAACGAACGGACAGUUCAAGCGCCUUUAGGAGGUGCAGCCUUUAGAGAGGCCAGAAGGAAUCACAACCAGCCUGUCUUGGGGCUGAGGAAUCGAGUCCAUAAUGACAGCAAAUUGAAUGAUAUAGCAUACGUGAAUGCAAAUAAGAGUGCGAGGGUGGGGUCUGUGGUGGUGCACAGAGAGAGAACUAAUGGUGAAGAGUCAAUUAGAGUCAGUGCACUGGCAUCUGCAGUAUAUCAGGCAUGGGAUAACUAA